UUUGUGCCAUGCAGGUAAAAGAACUGUGGGAGGUGCUUGGUUUGGAUUUGAUUGGACCACUGCCAGAAACAGCACGUAACAACAAGUAUGUCCUUACCAUGACUGACCUGUACACCAAGUGGGUGUUUGCGGAACCUAUGCAAUCUAAGACGGCAGCUGAAGUGUUGUUAAUAAUAACCGCAAAGCUGUUGGCAUGGUUAGGAAAAUCAUUACAGACCAAGGGAAGGAGUUCGUCUGCAAGCUCAGUGACAGCAUUUUCAGUAUGCUGAAAAUCAAACAUGCCGUCUCCAGUGCUUACCAUCCCCAAACCAACGGGCAGGUAACUCUUUGGAUACCUGUCUUGUAAGAUCUAUUGUUGCCUUAUGAUUAUUCAUCAACUUUAUAAAUGCAUUGAUAUGUAUAGGAUGAAAGAACUAACCAGAAUAUCAAGCGUACUCUCAGAAAAUACGUGAAUGACAACCACAAUGACUGGGACCUCCACCUUCCUGCUGUGGUGUAUGGAAUCAACACUGCAAAGCAGUACUCCACUAGACACAGUCCCUACUUCCUCCUCUUCCAUCGACACCCACGUCUGCCAGAGGUCAUGAAUGCCUGUCCCAUGGGAGAUGAUUUUGAAGUUGCUGACCCAGAAAAUGACAUAGACACCAGAGUCAAUAAGAUGAAACUUCUCAAUGAAACAGUUCUUCACAUCAUAGAGAGAGCACAGAGCAUGCAACAGAAGUCAUUCCAAAAUUGCAAGCGCAAGUUUGUGCGAGUAUGUUCAGUUCAGGCCGGUGAUGAUGUUCUGCUCUCACGGGACCCCAAGAAACGACGGACAGGAGACACAUUUACAAGUCAGCACCAAGGACCAUAUACUGUGUCCAGCAUCUCUUCCAAAGGGGUGGCCACUAUCCUCAAAGGCUCAGCUUGUCAAUGUGUCAAGACUGAGGACAUACUACAGAUCAAAAAAUGGACCAACUGAGAGGAUGUUUCUCCAGGACCACUGCUACUUCAUUCAAAUGGCAGGUAGAGCAUCCAUAUGCUUGUUCAGGUACGAUGUGGGAGAAGGACUUGGACCCUAAUCAAGAUGAACUGUUAAAGUAUGUGUUGGACAAAAGUCGGCCAUCAGAAGAACUGAUUAUAAAGCAAGGCCAAAUUUGCCUCACACGAGAAGACUUCUGGAGCCUGGGUUUAAGCCAGUGCAUGGAAUCUAAUAUUGGAAAUGCCUGCCUCAAGAUUGUGGAAGAAGCUGCACGAAGACAUGGAAAAAAUGUUCACAUUGUGGACCUCUAUGCUGUUCCCACCUGGAAAGACAAAAAUGUGGACCCAGUGCAUUGUUUGCCUACACAUUGCAACCUUCAUUGACCCAGGAUCCUGGACUGAAAAAACAGGAAGAGACCUUGAGUGUUCAGGGAAUUCCUGUGGCAUCUACAUGCUGAUGUAUGCUCUCAGCACAUGUACAUCAUGCCCACUAACAUUCACCGAGGAGGAGGUGCCAGUGAUUCGCCAGUGGUGGUGCAUUCAAUUGAUGGAGAGCUUUUGCCUUGAAGGGCAUGGACAGAGGUUUGCACACUGGACCGAAGAAGCAUCCCAGCUCCUUCAGGGAACCAUUGAGCCUGUCUUUAGGGUGUCAAAAUCCACCACCACCAAACAGUCACCCAGCAAAAGAGUUGUGGUUGAAGGGGACACUGAUAAGGUGCAACAGCCCACCAUUGUGAGAGACCUUCAUACAGCUUGGUACUGGGUACAAAAUCACAAAGACUUAUUCUGUGGAGAGGUGACGGAGCCUGCUUUUCUGCAGAUGAGCCGAAUGAACAGCGUCACGACCGUAAGCUGUCCCAAAGGCAGACUGGCAUGCGCACACCGCAAGAAGACCGUCAUUUGA